CACGGGUUUGUUAUCACUUGAUAUACUUCAGCUGAUAAAUCAACACCAACAUGAUCUCUCAAGCCUUUAUUUUAUCUGCUUUGGCAGUAACUGCAUUUGCCAGUCUUUAUCAUGAACCAAUUCAUCAUCCUCAACCAUUCAAGUUUGGCUACAGCGUAAAGGACAAGCAUGGCGAGCAACACCGUGAAGAAGUUGGUGAUGGCAAGAACGUAAAGGGAAGCUACGGAUUCACCGACGAUAGAGGAAUCCACCGACAGGUCAACUACGUCGCUGACCAUGGUGGUUUCAGAGCUGAGGUCAAGACCAAUGAACCUGGAACCGCCAACCAGAACCCAGCUGCUGUACACAUCAUCUCUGAUGCUCCCUAUGGACAUGGAGGAUACGCUGGAGCUCCCGUACUUGGAUAUGCUGGAGUUGGAGGAGCCGGAUUAGGUUAUGCAGGAUAUGGUGGCUAUGGACUCGGAGGUUAUGGAGGAUAUGGAGGCUAUGGACUUGGAGGAUAUGGAGGUUAUGGUCUCGGAGGAUAUGGAGGUUAUGGUCUCGGAGGAUAUGGAGGCUAUGGUCUUGGGGGAUAUGGAGGCUAUGGUCUUGGAAGUGGACUUCUUGGUGGUUUAGGAUAUGCUCGAUAUGGAUUCUAG